AUGAGUUCACUAGAGGCUCUUAAAGAGGAGUGGUUGUCCCUCAGUGGCGGCAGCAAGAUCCGGUACAGCAGUGAGUCGUACAUGCAGAGCUUCCUUGAGCUUUUAGAAUACGAAAAUAAAAGUCCUGAGGAUCCUCAUGUUUUGGAUGACUUUUUAGACGUUUUAAUUAAAGUCAGGAACAGACACAAUGAUGUGGUUCCGACCAUGGCGCAAGGGGUGAUUGAAUACAAGGAAAAAUAUGGCUUUGAUCCAUUUGUUAGCAGUAACAUCCAGUACUUUCUAGAUAGAUUCUACACCAACCGCAUCUCUUUCCGUAUGCUUAUUAACCAACACACACUUCUUUUUGGAGGCGAUAUUAAUCCUGCUCAUCCCAAACAUAUUGGAAGUAUUGAUCCUAACUGUAACGUGGCUGAGGUGGUUAAAGAUGCUUAUGAAACAGCUAAGAUGUUAUGUGAGCAGUACUAUAUGGUUGCACCGGAUCUGGAAGUUGAAGAAUUCAAUGCUAAAGCUCCAAACAAGCCUAUUCAAGUAGUUUAUGUACCAUCUCAUCUGUUUCACAUGCUAUUUGAAUUAUUCAAGAACUCAAUGAGAGCUACAGUAGAGUCGCAUGAAGGUAAGAAAGAAGGCUAUCCAUCAAUCAAAACCUUAGUCACUUUGGGGAAAGAAGAUCUAUCUAUUAAGAUAAGUGACCAAGGAGGAGGUGUACCUUUAAGAAAAAUAGACAGAUUGUUUAACUACAUGUACUCAACAGCACCCAGGCCUAGUUUGGAGCCAUCAAGAGCUGUGCCUCUGGCUGGAUUUGGCUAUGGCUUGCCAAUUUCUCGUCUCUAUGCCAGGUAUUUUCAAGGUGACCUUAAACUCUACUCAAUGGAAGGAGUUGGUUCAGAUGCUGUAAUUUAUUUGAAGGCCCUUUCAAGUGAAUCAUUUGAAAGACUUCCUGUUUUUAAUAAGUCAGCGUGGCGGCACUACAAGACCACCCCUGAAGCAGAUGACUGGAGCAACCCUAGCAGUGAGCCCAGGGAUGCGUCUAAGUACAAAGCUAAUCGAUAAUUUCCCACCUUUUGUGUCUCCUGAGGAUGACCUCUGCAUUCAGUAUGAAGUUUCUGCUUUGUUCCAAAAUCCUCAAACCACAGUAGCCAACUACUUCCAAACAAAGACCUAAUCAGGACUUUGAAAAAUAGUAAGAACAAAGGUUGGGACUUAAAGGAAGGUGCUAAGGGCACGUUUGGUGUGUGAGUUCUGUCUGCUUCACCAGAAUACGCUUGGUUGUUUCAGUCGUGCAUUGGCAAAAGGGAUUGCACAGUGAUUGCACUUAGGAUUACAAUGUUGUGUUUGAAAUGGCCGGUUUUUAUUACAAUAUAAGAAUUGGCAAGGUGUGCAGAAUCCCUCGUAAUGAUGAGCAGUAUCUUACACAGCAAUAUGGCAUAAGAGAGAAAUUCUAGCCUAGUUAAACACAUGCUUAGCAAAUCCACCCUGCUGCAUUUUAUAUUGCAGUCUCACCUGUUCUGGGAAGUCCCUUUGAGCUCUUCAGAUCUUAUUCUUAAUGAACUUAUAAAUACAUAGUUCUAAAAAGGGUUGUGCAGCUUUAAACUGAUGCUUUCCCCAAAUUCCCAAAUCCAUUUGUCAAGUGCAUACAAAAAUUAUGUUCUUACAGGGCAUUGAGACUUUCAUGUCUUGGUAUGCACCUUAAUGAUUUUCUUGACUUGCACAAGAAUGCCAAAUGGUAAAUCACCUUAAUUAUGCAUUUUGCAACCAUUUUUCCUUAUUUUGAGGAAAGAUCAUAAGUAGCUUGAUAAUCUCU